AAAUUGGUGUUGUGAUUAGAUCUCAGGUAAUAAGAUGACGGCAGCAAACCUGGCAGUGAUCUUUGGGCCCAAUCUCCUUCAGAAAGAGAGAGGAUCAGAGAGAGAGCUCAGCCCUCAAGCUCUGGGCAUAGAAGACAGCACUGCUGUCAUCUCCGUCACCCUGAUGCUCAUCCAGAACCACCAACAUCUCUUCACGGUGUCUGCUGAGCUGCAGCAGGAGGUGCUCAUGAGCCUCAUUCAGACAGACCCUGAUGUCAUUGACUAUCUGCUGCGCAGGAAACUCAGCAGUAGUAGCAGCCUGAAGAUGGAGACGGACUCCGGUGGAAGGAGGGACACACAGGCAUCUCUGCACUCUGUGGGUCAGUCCAGUGAUGACCUUUCAUCCCUGGAGCCACUGUGUCCUCUUUACCCACAGACAUCUGCGAUAGGAAGUCUGAGCAGUGAGGUCUUCCUCAAUGUUCUUCAUCUUAACACCAACAGGAAACGUUCCUCUGAGGUCCCACCCAAAUCCAUUGGUAAAAUGAGACAGUUUCAUUCCCACCACAACCUGAUGAGUCUGUCCCAGUCCUCCUCAUAUGCCCAGAGUGAAGAGCGAGAGCUCCAGGAGCAGAGGCAAGGCAGUUCAAGGCACACAUGCUCAGAGGAGCGCCUACAUUUCAGUCUGGGACGGCAGGACAGCGGUUCUCAACCACAGAGUCCUAGAGAGAGAGGCAUCUGGGUACGACAGAGCUCCAACGCCUCGUCCACGAUGUCAGAUGACAGCAAACCGCCAAGCAACUUCUGGGACUUUUUCACUGGCAAGAUACCUGUUGUCAGAAGAAGCCCUUCGCUGCAAAACUUCUUCAACGACCAUUCACAGUCUGAAAAAAAUUAAGUGAAAUGGAAGAUGUUUUUGGAAGAAUAAGAUAUUUUGAUAACUUGGAGUACAUGCUCUGAACUCAUGGCAUCCCUGAGCCACAAGGGGGUGAUAUUUACUGGUGUCAACAUUACAUUGACAUUAAAGUUGAAGUUAAAUAGAUCCUGUCUAAAUAUUUGAAUUACCUCUAUAAAUGCUGGACUCUGUUGGGAUUGGUUAAAAAGCAGGAUUUCCUUCAAUAAGAAUUAAACUAUUCAGAGAGAGCACUGCCAUUUCUAGUGGCAGAAAGUACAAAAUAUCUAUUGAUUGAGUUGGAGCCAGGCCUUCUUUGAGCACAAGCUGAAGAUCAAGGUAGUUUCUCUACUCAUUUCCAAUACAUCAUUUUUUUACUUUAUUUUUAUCAUGAUUUUAUCUAAUCAUUUUUAAAUAAUCUUCAAAGUAUGUAAUCAUUUUAAACGUGCAUUCAGUACUACUUUGUCUAGCAUUAGCUAAGCUUCACUACUUUUAAAUACUGAUAAUGUUACCACAAUGGUGUUACACAAUGCACUGCCAUUUAUCAAUGUGGAUCACCAUGAUCGUCUCGACGAUACAAGUGAGUUUUACAGAGCGCUCUACAUAAUUAUUCAUUCCCUUAUCUGCCCAACAAAAGAGAAGC